ACUUUUCCAGUUUGAUGGCACCUCUGCAUGAUGGUUUCAACUUUCUACGUCAGAACUUGACAGAAGUGCAAGUUUUAUGAAGCAUUGAAGAAGAGGGCGCCGGGAUCGUUGAACGAGAACAGGAAUUCACAUUGAAGGUGCAGCUCAGCUCCUGUGUACAGUACAGCCGAUUGAUUGCCUUAGUCGCAGAGGUGAUUGCCGCAGUCGCAGAAGAAUGGCGGAGGAAGAGGAGGUUUAUACUGGGGAGUUGCCAGAAGAAGCAGAAGGCGAGUUGGAAGGCGAUGGAGAGGAGCAGGGGGGUCACACAGAGCAGGAAGAGCAGGAAGAGCACGGCGGAACAGAAGGGGAGGAGAGCGCUCCGAAGACUGAAGGAGAAGAUCCAGAGAAGGAGCUCGAAGCUAUGAAAAAGCGUUUGGCGGAGAUGGAAGCCGAGGCUGCCGCACUCAAAAGAAUGCAGGACAAGUCAGCCCAGGAGAUGGGUGGUACUUCUCAAGGUGCAGUUGGGGAUGCAGCCAGUCAACAAAAUAAAGAAGAAGCAGACGCUAGGUCCAUCUACGUUGGCAAUGUGGACUAUGCCUGCACACCCGAAGAAUUACAGCAACACUUUCAGGAGUGCGGCACUGUCAAUCGAGUCACUAUUUUGGCCGAUGCGUUUGGUCAGCCGAAAGGGUACGCAUAUGUGGAAUUCGUUGACACAGAGUCUGUCCCUCUAGCUCUCCAGUAUAACGAGUCUGAACUGCAUGGACGACAGAUAAAGGUUACUGAGAAGAGGACAAACAUUCCUGGCCUGAAGAUGCAUCGGGGACGCCCGCGAGGUUACAAUUUUCACUACCGGCCCAGAAGGCCUUCGUAUGGAGGCUACGGGAGGGUCCCAAGGUAUCGAAGACCAACAAGAUACCGGCCAUACUACUGAGCCCCACUCAAUUCGGACUUUUUUGUGUCACCAUUCGCAAUGUUCUUGCUCACUAAGCUGCUUCAUGUAUCUCGCCCCAAGGCAUUGUAAAGAACCAUCAAAGAUGGGGCAAGCUGGAAGUUGUACCUUGCUCAUGUCAACAUAUCGUCAGUGAAAAUAUGUUCAAAGGACUCUCAAGCCCAUGUACAGGGAAUGUACCCAGUGGAUAUAGCCAUAGCCCGUUCAGUUGUAUCGUUUUCAGUAAUCACAUAAAUGUUCGCGCGCUUUGGCACGG